AGUUUCCUUCACAGCAAGUCAAAAACAAGUAAUUUAUCCUAUUGCUUCAUUUCAACUAAAACCAAUAUCUCUCUCUCAUUUUCUUUCUACGUUGUCGUCAAAUUUUUCCCUAUAUGAGAGAAUUUAAUAGUCAAUUCUUUUGUGGCAUCUCAUGCUAGAUUAAACACAAGGUUGAGGAUCAAGGGUUGGAUCUUCGUAAGCUCUCCUUUCAAGAACAUGUCCGUCCCUAUGAAUACCUAAAUCCUACUCUUGAAUCAUGUCAAACUCACACAUCGCUAGAUAGAUUCUUUACAUCAUGCGUUUAAAAGAUCUCAUACCGUCCGCGGCCGUAUUCGCGACUCUGCUCGUCGCUCCACAACUAUCCUCAGCCUUUUAUCUUCCUGGUGUUGCGCCGACAUCAUAUGCACCCGGCGCCAAGGUUCCAUUAUUUGUGAAUCGACUCACACCUGUCGGUUCUUAUGAAGAUGGUCAAUUGAGAUCAGUGGUAUCUUUCGAUUAUUAUCAUCCGGCUUUCCAUUUCUGUAGACCAGAUCCAAAGCCCGAAUAUGUCUCGGAGAGUUUGGGCAGUAUCCUUUUCGGUGAUCGCAUAAUGACCUCGCCCUUCAACCUGAAGAUGGGAGUUAACGAGUCAUGUACACAGCUGUGCGAGGAGAAGAAGUUUGAUCAAAGCUCGGCACAUUUCGUGAACAGAAGGAUACAACAAGGGUUUGCGUUGAAUUGGUUGGUUGACGGUCUACCCGCAGGGCAAUUGAUUGAGGACGAAAUCACACAAACGAGAUUCUAUAGUCAAGGAUUUGCUCUGGGGAGCAGUGAUCAGAAGGACAUGCACUUGAACAAUCAUUACGAUAUCUUCAUUGACUACCAUGAAGUUUCCGCCGGUCAAAUGAGGGUUGUUGGCGUUAUUGUUCAACCUUCAUCCAGGACAUUGAAUAAGAAUGCAGGCGAUCCAGAAUGCGGUGCUGGUGGACCAAAAGUGGUGCUUUCCGAGUCUGGCGAGACAGCCGUCACAUAUUCAUAUAGCGUCUGGUGGCAACCAUCAACAACAGCUUGGGCUACCAGGUGGGAUAAAUAUCUCCACGUUUUUGAUCCCAAGAUUCAUUGGUUCUCUUUGAUCAACUCAGCCGUCAUUGUAGUAUUCCUCGUCAUUACAGUCCUUUCUAUUCUCAUGCGAACAUUGAGAAAAGACAUUCAAAGAUACAACAGGCUUGACUCGAUUAACCUUGAUGACUUGUCAGGAACAUCUGUUGCUGUCGAAGACGGAGUUCAAGAGGAUUCUGGAUGGAAAUUGGUACAUGGAGAUGUAUUCCGUACACCAGGACACCCAUUGAUUUUGAGCGUCUUUCUUGGAAAUGGAGCACAAUUAUUCGUCAUGACAGGCUUCACUAUUGCCUUUGCGCUGUUGGGAUUCCUAUCACCAUCAAAUCGUGGAUCUCUUGGUACUAUUAUGAUCCUUUUGUAUACUGUCCUUGGGUUUAUCGGUGGGUAUGCCUCAGCUCGAGUAUACAAGUCGUUUGGUGGCGAACAAUGGAAGCUCAACAUUGCCUUGACGCCAACUCUCGUUCCAGGUAUCGUCUUCAGCACAUUUUUCCUUCUCAACCUCUUUCUCUGGGCCAAAGAAUCCUCUGGAGCAGUACCAUUCACAACAAUGCUCGUCAUCGUUUGUAUCUGGUUUUUCUUUUCCCUGCCCCUAUCAUUUGCUGGUAGUUGGGUUGGGUUCCGCCAACCACCUAUCGCUGCCCCGGUCCGUACAAACCAAAUUCCACGUCAAAUUCCCCCUUCUACGUCCUACAUGCGCCCGAUCCCAUCCAUGCUUCUCGUGGGUAUCCUACCGUUUGGGGCAAUCUUCGUGGAACUCUACUUCAUCAUGUCUUCCAUCUGGUUCUCCAAAGUCUACUAUAUGUUCGGCUUCCUCUUUUUGUGCUACGGUCUCAUGAUCAUUACGUGCGCCGCCGUUACAGUUCUCAUGAUAUAUUUCUUGCUGUGUAGCGAAAAUUAUCACUGGCAUUGGAGGGCGUUCAUGACGGCCGGUGCAAGUGCUGGGUAUGUGUUUGCGAACGCGAUGAUUUACUGGAUGACAAAACUGCAACUUGGUGGUUUGGCGGGUAGUGUACUUUACAUUGGGUAUAGUGCACUAAUUUCAUUUUUGUUUUUCAUUCUUACUGGUAAGUAACAUUCAUUCUACCUCUGAUUCAGGAUGAUACUAAAAAGGAGUCAAGGUUCAAUCGGAUAUUUUGCUUGCUGGGCAUUCGUUCAGAAAAUUUAUGGAUCUAUAAAAAUCGAUUAGGGUCUGGCGUGGUCGGGUUAACAUUUUUCUCCCUAGUCAAAAAAAUGAGAUUUUCAAUGCUAUGAAAUUACAGGUGGAUGGAUGAAAAGGCACUGAGGAGACGGGCGGUUCGCUAUUGUACUAUAAAGAAGGAUUUUUUCUCAUUUUCUGAAGCAUCUUUGUGUCAAUCCGUGAGAUACGACGCUAAAAUAUCCAUAGCGAAUGGGUUACGAGGUUGGCAUGUUAGGGCGAAACGGCGUAAGGGAUGUAUUGAUAUGUCGUAGAAUUGAAUUCUUAGCUUACUAUAUGUUUACAGAGAUUUGAAAAGACUAUUUUAGAAUGACAAAAUCCCACUAUCAUUACACUAUCA